AUGUCUUUAUUAUUAGCUAAUUUCCCACCUUUGACCGGACGUUACUCUGUUGGGUGCCACGAUAUUGAGUGGCAAAACCAGCAACCUUCCAAUUCAAGAACACCACCUGACGAGUAUUGUAAAUCAGUACUGAUGAGAUUAUACUACCCCGCAACCAUUAAAAAGGGAGAUCAUAAAGCCAAUUGGAUUACUCAUCCGGAUUAUGCUAAAGCCUUAUGUGAUAUAGCAAAGCUACCAGCAUUCUUGUCUAAUUGGUUAUCAGGAUUAGCAUCUAUCAAGAAAACACGUUUUUACAAGGAUGCCCAAGUACUUGAAACUGAUGAAGCAACGCAAUUUCCAGUCAUUGUAUUUUCACAUGGCCUUGGUGGCAACCGGUUAAUCUAUUCGUCUAUAUGUUCUGAUCUUGCUAGUCACGGAUUUAUUGUGGCUGCUAUUGAACAUCGGGAUGGAUCUGCUAGUUUGGCUAAAGGCGUCGAAGAUGAAUGGGUCAAGUAUGAUAAUGUUCCACCUGAGGUGUGGGGGUUUAGACAUCAUCAACUGAGACACAGAGUAGCCGAAGUCGAAUUAUGUUUAGCCGGACUAGAUGAAUUGGCUAUUACCAAAUCAAAUAAAGGUGGACCAAACUUUGAAGGAAAGCUCAAUAUGAAGUCAAUUGUUAUGGCUGGCCAUAGCUUUGGUGGAGCAACAACGAUGCUCAUGUUGAAUGAUAAAGCCUGUCGAUUCCAGUGUGGGCUACUAUUAGAUCCAUGGGCACAACCAUUAAUGAUGAUGACAGAUACCGACGUACAUAUCCAAAGACCAGUAAUUGCUAUAUUGAGCGAACAAUUUUCGUUUUGGCCUGAUAACUACGAAUCUGUACAGGAACUCAUUGACCACUCUGUUCACUCAAACAAGAGUUUAUGUUUAUCAUUAAACGGAACCGAACACCAACAUCAGUCUGAUGUCUUGCUUGUGCUUCGUUAUUGGACUUUGUUUGAUUUCCGGUCUCCCUUUCAAAUCGAUCCUGUUCGAGCGAUUGACUUAAACACGGAAGCUGCAGUUACAUUUAUCAACAAUAUCCUUUCCAAACCAAUUACAGCCUCUAAGAUUGCAUAUCCAGCAACCAAAGUAUCCACUAAUAACGCUAAAAAGAGAUCACGAGAACCAAGUGCCCCACGACCCAUUUCCAAUUUUGACCCAAUAAUUAAUCAUACCAAAAAGACCAAGUUGGCCUUAUAA